AUGGGUGUCGAUGUAACGAAGGACCCACCGCAACUGGCCUUUCUUCCCGAUGUCGAUCUCGCCGGUUCGGAUUGUGACGGAUUUGACACAGCUAUUUUUGGACCCGACGCCGCCGAAAAGAUUCAGGACCUGUUUAAGGUCCAAAAGCUUGGGCUGAAGAGAAGCGAGGUUUUGAAGCAAAGAUUCACGAUUAAAGAGGAGGAGGCUGCUAGGGCGAAACGGGUCGAGGAAAAUAAGAAGAGGAUGAUGUUCUUGAAAAAUAAGGCCGCCGCUGCCAGAAAUAAACUACGUCGAGCGAAAAAGGGAGAGGCGAAACAUAAGAGUAGACAACACGCACAGAGGUUGCACAAUGCUGAUGACCAACAAACUGCCACAGCGAAGAAGCUUCCCGUUGCUGUAUCUACUACUUCAUCUACGAAAAUUGAAGCGAAGAAGAAGCGGAAGAAGCAAGAUCUCGCCCCUAAAAACCCUCUGAAAAAAAUCAGUGGAGCCAAGCACCGGGACAAAUUGUUAACCGAGAGGGGGAGGAUCAUGUGUGAAAAAUUCGGAAUUUCUCAAUUCGUCAAGCCUUUCAGGGCGAAGACUGCGAACAAGUUCCAAGCAUUAAUGUUGCGGAAAUUCAGAACAGAAUUGAAGAUGGAUCAUGUCAAAGCUGCGAGAGAUUGUAAACGGGAAAAGGAAAAGCAGGAGGAAGCGAGGGUUGUAUUGCAAGAGCAGCAGCAGGAGAAGAAACGGCUGCAGCUGCAGGAAGAACAAGAAGUGUUUGGAGAUUUGAUGGACGUUUGUGGCGAGGACCCCGUCGUGGUUCGCCAUGGCGCCGCAACCUCUUUCUUCUCAGGGCAAGUUGUGGAUUGUUCUUCUGUGCAAGACGGUGAGAACGGCGUCAACAUGGACGAAGUUGUAGUUCCCCACGAACGACGAGAAAACGAGGAUUAUAUACGCGCUACUUCUUCUACUCCUACUGCAGCACCAGCAUCCGCUUGUAGUUCUGCUUAUCCUCCCCUUCCUGGUUCUUGCGACCGUGAAGGUGAUCAUGAAAACGGCAAGCCGAGAGGACUACCUUCUGAUCAUGCGUUCUUUGUAGAAGAUCAACAAACUGAUGGUCACAUCCCCGCCUGCCCCAAAAAAGGUACAGGUUUCUCCAACGGAACCUUUCAGCUGUUCCACAAAAAGACCAAAACGGUUUUCAAAACGCUUCCGCCGGUGCAAAAAUUUGGUGAAAAGGAGCAGUUCCACACCUUUCAAGGAGUUUUCAACUUGCCAACCGAGAGCGAUCAUUUGGAUUUGAAAAAGAAAUCCUGGCCGCCGGAACAGUUUCGGAAAAAGGUGUUUGUUGAAACUGUCCAGGAAGAACCAGAGCCGGAAAGAUCGGAGGGGGAUGUUAAGCCAGAAAGUGGUCACGUCGGUGAUAAAAUCAAAAAGGCGAACAGGAAAAAAACUUCGAAAAGAACUGAAGAUGUUGACAAGAAGGCUCAACAAGAGGCCAUUCAACGCAAUGUUGACGAAUCCGAGCGAGCGAAGCGGCGGUUGCGGCGGAAGGAAGUCAGGGAACAGGCAACCACGAAUGGGCAAGGACAAGGUAGCAAGCGAGGGCCUGCUGUGCCUGUUCCUGUUGUACAGCAGCAAGAGCCCAGUUGUAUGCAGCAGCAACCUGAAGCACUGGAGCAAUCGUCCGCCCAGCUACAGCAACCAUCGCUGCAGCAGCCUGCGUCGGAGCAACCAUCACAGCAGCAACCACCACAGCAGCAACCAUCACAGGAUCACUCAUCGCAGGAGCAGCAAUUGUCUACUUCACGGCAGGCAGAUGGCCCUCCAGCUGCAGCUGCACAGGCCGUCACUUUACAGGCGAGUGAAGAAAAUAAAUCAUGUCCAGAAGUCGAGGUGAAUCACGACGAAGGAAGAAAUGAAAAAGUUGCAGAUCAUGAUGUUUCUAGCAAAUGUAAAGGUAAGCAGAUCGUGGUCGUGCCCCCUGCUAGUGCAGCGCCAAGCUCCUCGACAAAAUUGACGAAGAUGCUACCCCCUGCUCUACCGCCGAUGAAAAUAAAGGCUGCAAUGAAGGCUUCGGCAGCUCUUCAUGCUUAUGGGGCUCUUCAGCCAGCACAACAACCGGUGCAGGAACAACUUCCAAAGCCGACACAGCAAGAAGUUCUUGCGACCGGCGCAGCAAUAUCAGGGACAACAAGGGUAGUUGUAGUACCCUCAACACCGCGCGGCACGGGGGAGA